GGCGCCCGGCGCAAGCGCAGGCGCAGGCGCGCGUGGCGGGGCUGCUGGUGGAGGGGCGUGCUCGCGUGUUUUGGGGGACCCUGCUCUCGGCUAUGGGCCGCAGGAGGGCAGCGCGUGGGCCGGGGGCCGAGGGCGGCCGCACCCGGCGCCCUGCGGGCUGCUCCCUGGAGGCCUUCGCGGAGGAGGUGGGCGCCGCGCUGCGCGCGUCCGUGGAGCCAAAGGCGCCCGAGGACGAGGGUGGCCCUGGGCCUGUGCGGCUGCCUUGCACGCUGGCCAUGUGGGAGCUGGGUCACUGCGACCCCCGGCGCUGCACCGGCCGCAAGCUGGCCCGCUUGGGCCUGGUGCGGUGCCUGCGCCUGGGCCACAGGUUCGGCGGUCUCGUGCUCAGCCCCAUGGGCUCCCAGUACGUGUCCCCCGCUGACAGACAGCUGGUUGCACAGUCGGGGGUGGCUGUCAUCGACUGUUCCUGGGCCAGACUGCAGGAGACACCAUUUGGGAAGAUGCGGGGAAGCCACUUUCGGCUGCUGCCUCACCUCGUGGCCGCCAACCCUGUGAACUAUGGCCGGCCCUGCAAACUGUCCUGUGUGGAGGCUUUUGCAGCCACCUUCUGCAUCCUGGGCUUCUCAGACCUCGCCGUCAUUUUGCUGCGGAAGUUCAAGUGGGGCAAGGCCUUCCUAGACCUGAACCGUCAGCUUCUGGACAAGUACGCAGCCUGCAGCGGCCCAGAGGAGGUGCUGCAGGCAGAGCAGGCAUUCCUGGCCCAUGCCAAGGAGCGCCCCAAGGAGGAGAUCGAUCCCUUUGAUGUGGAUUCAGGGCGAGAGUUUGCAAACCCGAACAGGCCUGUGGCUGACACCCGGCUGCCCACGGACAGUGGUGACAGUGACAGUGAGGAUGAGUCUGAAGAAUGCAGGCCCGAAGCUCAGGAUGGGGGAGACAGCAGCAGCUCAGAAGAGGAGGAGACUCCACAGCAAGGGGCCGAGGCUGGGCCCCCCACCGAGGUUUGGAAAGGAAUCAAGAAACGGCAGAGAGACUGAAGGUUGCAGAUGUGUAUUUUUUCAAGGUGGAGUGAUGAGGAAAUCGAGAGACAGCAGUGGGACUUGUGGGAACGAAGACAGGCUUGGUGGCCUUGGCCCCUUGGAGCUGCAAGCAGUACUGGACUCUGUCAGGUUCUCUGCCAGAGCUUCUACCACAGCCUUGCCCUGGGUCCUGCCUCAGAGCCCCCAAUGAAUGAAGCUGUGGGCAAGGAGAA